AUGACUUGGCAAGAUGGCCUCGUUCAACGUGUGCUCGUAUUGUCUACGAAUGCUUCGGCAGGGAGCAAAGGCAAGAAAAACUUUCAGGCUUCCACUUCGAGACAGCGACAUCUGUCCACAGCUUCCGCUAAAUGGCAGCAAGCAGCACCUCAGAAGCCUGCUGAGCAAGCCAGCCUUCAAACCAACGUUCCUCCAACCACGGCCGGAACCGUUACCUCCAACAUUACAGCUACAUAUCCUGAUGACGUCGAAUCACCAUCAGAGCCUGCCAAAUCCAAAUCGACUGCGAGACCCACCAUCCCCGGCAAUUUGAAGCUCUCACAAGAGGACCGACACCAAAGCAAUGCCAACAUCACAGACACGCACCGACCCUCUAAAGAACAAGGAGUCACUUAUACGCUGGGUGAACGUUUCGCAAUGGGGUUUCAGAAAGUAGCUCCGAAUGCGAGCAAGACGUACCUAAAUUAUGGUAUUUCGGACAGACUAUUCAAAUCCUGUGCGGCGCAGGCAGAUUACAAGAUAACAGAAGAUAAGCGUCUAAACCCGGUGACAGGAAUGGCUCCUCCCAAGACAGCAGACGGCGCCGAUCUGGGAGUACGGGCCGAAGACACAUGGUGGUUCACCGUCCUCGAUCUCCCGCCUACCUUCGCCACCUGGGCCCAAGUGACAUUUCUGCACAUGUGGAUUCUGACCGUGCGACUCCGGGCCUUGGAGCCCAAAGACUUUGAUGACUACUCGCGGUUUUUCUUUGAGCAUUUUUCCUACGGGGCCGAAGAUAGGAUGGUGGUUCACCACAAUAUCUCCUCGAAAGCCAUACGAAACAAGUACCUCAGGGACAUGUUUAUGCAGUGGCGUGGAGUCUUGGUCUCGUACGACGAAGGCCUUACCAAAGGCGACGCGAUGAUGGCCGCUGCCGUGUGGAGGAAUGUCUUCCGUGGAGAGAAUGACGUGGACUGGGGGAAGGUUGCUUUGGUCGUGGGUUUCCUACGCAAGGGAGUUUCCAAGAUGGGCACCUUGGAGCCAAUAACUAUUAUGAAUAAUCUGGAUGGCCCAACGGGCUUGUGGGCGUUGAGUCGAGCAGAUUUGCAGCUGAUUUUAGACAGAAAGACAAAAGGGUUGAAAGAGCCGUUUACAGAGCAGUCGACAUAG